GCUCAGUCCUGCAAACUGCUCGGCCCGGAGGCGGUGCGCGCAGGAGCGGCGCAGGGAGCCCGGAGCCCGGAGCCCAACCCGGAGGCCGUUUGCUUCCCGCGCUCAGCACCAUGGAUCUGCACCUCUUCGAUGACUUGGAGCCGGGGAACUUCUCCGACAUCGGCUGGCCCUGCAACGGCAGCGACUGCAUUGUCGUGGACACGGUGCUGUGCCCCAGCAUGCCCAACAAAAGCGUCCUGCUGUACACGCUGUCCUUCAUUUAUAUCUUCAUCUUCGUGAUCGGCAUGAUCGCCAACUCCGUGGUGGUCUGGGUGACCAUCCAGGCCAAGACCACCGGCUACGACACGCACUGCUACAUCCUCAACCUGGCCAUCGCCGACCUCUGGGUGGUGGUCACCAUCCCCGUCUGGGUGGUCAGUCUCGUGCAGCAUAACCAGUGGCCCAUGGGAGAGCUCACGUGCAAGAUCACGCACCUCAUCUUCUCCAUCAACCUGUUCGGCAGCAUCUUCUUCCUGACCUGCAUGAGCGUGGACCGCUACCUCUCCAUCACCUACUUUGCCGGCACGUCCAGCCGCAGGAAGAAGGCGGUUCGCCGCACCGUCUGCGUGCUGGUGUGGCUGCUGGCCUUCUGCGUGUCCCUGCCCGACACCUACUACCUGAAGACCGUCACGUCAGCGUCCAACAAUGAGACUUACUGCCGCUCCUUCUACCCCGAGCACAGCGUCAAGGAGUGGCUCAUCAGCAUGGAGCUGGUGUCCGUCGUCCUGGGCUUCGCCGUGCCCUCCUGCGUCAUUGCCGUCUUCUACUGCCUGCUGGCCCGCGCCAUCUCGGCCUCCAGCGACCAGGAGAAGCAGAGCAGCCGGAAAAUCAUCUUCUCCUACGUGGUGGUCUUCCUCGUGUGCUGGCUCCCCUACCACGUGGCGGUGCUCCUGGACAUCUUCUCCAUUCUCCACUACAUCCCCUUCACCUGCCAGCUGGAGAACUUCCUGUUCACGGCUCUGCACGUCACGCAGUGUCUGUCGCUGGUGCACUGCUGCGUCAACCCCGUGCUCUACAGCUUCAUCAACCGUAACUACAGGUACGAGCUGAUGAAGGCCUUCAUUUUUAAGUACUCGGCCAAAACUGGCCUCACCAAACUCAUCGACGCCUCCAGGCUGUCUGAGACGGAGUACUCGGCCUUGGAGCAAAACACCAAGUGAUGCGCCCUCGGCAGGGUCUCGGGGACACAUGUGCUUGUUUUCCAUGCGACCCUGGGAUGCGUUCUUUUCUGAGAGUUCGGCGCGGCGGCCUCGCGACUGGACGCCCGAGUAGCGGGAAGAGGGGAGCGUGCGCCAUGGUUCACCCCGACCCCCUUUCUCGGGCCACGUCGGCCGUGCAUCCUGACGGUGUCACCUCACCCAGGGCUGUGCUGUGUGACCAAGCCAGCCGCGGGGACAGGCUUGCCUGUAUUUCUGUAAAAUAGGACUUUCCGUGUUCCCCGAAGGUUUUCUAUGGUGACUUGUAUUUAAAUUUUAAGACUUUAUUUUCUCACUGUUGGUGUACCUGAUAAAUGUAUUUGAAAGUUUAAAUAUAUUUUAAAUAUCGUAUGGGAGGCAUAACGCUGACAUGUAUUCAGAGUGUGGUAGUUUGAAGACUAGUUUGACUUCCGUUUUGACUAAGGAUGACAUUAAUUGUUAGCUGGUUUGAAAUGAUAUAUCUAUAAAUCUAUAAAUAUACGCCAGUCUUGGCGCAAAGGCUUUAUUUACGACAAUUUUAUAUCUGUGUGGUGCUUUGUACCGGCACGGGAUAUGGAACGAAAAACGACCCCGUCACGCAGUUUGUGAUCUUACUGGUAUUGUAAAAUUACGUGAAAAAAAGGGAAACAAAGCACCACUGUCCCAGGCUGUGACGCUGUGCGCAAAGCAAGCAGUCUUGUUCCAGAAAGUUCCAGAAAGUUCUCUCUGUUUGUAA